CUAGCGCCCCGCGCGGCUCCCGGGAUCCGACUCGGGCGGGAUGGAGGCGAGCGGCGUGGCCGACUCGCUCCUUUCUGGAGCUUGCGUGCUCUUCACUCUCGGCAUGUUCUCCACUGGCCUCUCGGACCUCAGGCACAUGCGGAUGACUCGCAGCGUGGACAGCGUCCAGUUCCUGCCCUUUCUCACCACGGAUGUCAAUAACCUGAGCUGGCUGAGUUAUGGGGUCUUGAAGGGAGACGGGACCCUCAUCAUCGUCAACACCGUCGGUGCUGUGCUUCAGACCUUGUAUAUCUUGGUGUAUCUGCACUACUGCCCUCAGAAGCAUACUGUGCUUCUGCAGACUGCAGCCCUGCUGGGGUUCCUUCUCCUGGGUUAUGGCUACUUUUGGCUCCUGGUACCUGACCUGGAGGCCCGCCUUCAGCGGCUGGGCCUCUUCUGCAGUGUCUUUACCAUCAGCAUGUACCUCUCACCACUGGCUGAUUUGGCCAAGGUCAUUCAGACUAAAUCAACCCAACGUCUCUCCUUCUCACUCACCAUUGCCACCCUCCUUACCUCUGCCUCCUGGUCCCUCUAUGGGUUUCGACUCAGUGAUCCCUACAUCAUGGUGCCCAACCUUCCAGGAAUCCUCACCAGCUUUAUCCGCCUCUGGCUUUUCUGGAAGUACCCCCGAGAACAAGACAGGAACUAUCGUCUCCUGCAAACCUGAGACAGCUCACCUGACCACAGGCACCUUUAAUGUCAACUUGAUACCAAAGAGAGCUCCUUGUUUUAGCUGGUCCUGGUGACCAGUCUCAUGGGUAUAAGUAGGUUGUGGGACAAAGAUAACUUCCGGAUUGGAGGAAUCAAAGAGAUUUACUUAGAAGAGUAGGUGGGACCUAGGAGAUGAAUUAUUUUUUUUAAGAGAUUAUCUUUAAUUUUGGAGGUUGGGAUGAUUAGAAUGUGCCUUAAAAUAAAC